AUGUAUAGGAUCAUUGUCAGAAUUAGGAACUUGAUCAACGAAUGUCAUCAUCAACUUGCUCGUUGGUUAUGUGAGAAUUAUGAGAUCAUAUUAAUACCAAUAUUCGAAACCUCGAACAUGGUUCUUAAAAACAAGAGAAAGAUCAGGUCGAAGACCGCGAGGAUGAUGCUGACAUGGUCAUAUUAUAGAUUUAGGAUGUUUUUACACCACAAAGCUAGGGAAUUUGCGAGUUGUAAAGUUAUCGAAUGUACCGAAGAAUACACAUCUAGAGCAUGCGGUAACUGCGGAUCGAUCAAUAAAAAACUUGGUGGAUCCAAGAUUUUUAGAUGUGAUUCUUGUAGUUUAGAAAUAGAUAGAGACAUGAACGGUGCCAGAAAUAUCUUACUCAAACGUAUCACAGAGGGUCAGGUUAAUCCUGACUUUGGGACUUGA